AUGCCUUUGACUGCACACCUUGACGUAUUCACAUGGGGAAUCAUCAUCAACUUGGUGAUAGCAGCUCUAUUCACCUCACCACUUUUAUUCAUCUUUUUCCGCGCUUAUCAUCACCCCACCUCUACCCUUUGGAAAGCGGUCUAUGUACCACGAACCUGGUGGCCUCCUGAUCCAACAAAGCGAGCACACCGAAUUUUCGAUCCACUCCCCGCUUACUCGCUGCUCAAAUCAACUGCUCUAUUGCUCGCAGGGUCUUCCUGGCGUUUGAUACAUCCUAACGAGUCUUCAUCAGAGUGUGCGAAAGAUAACGAUCCUCGCUUGUUCACUGAUGAGGAGAUCCACCUUCGAUUCUUGGCACUUUGUUUGAGAAUCACGCUCCUCGGACUCCUUCUCGGGAUCCCCGUCUGCUUCGUAUUAUUCAUUUCAGAAGUACCACUUGAACCCCCUGAGAUUGCUCCUAGCUCUCUCGAAAACUUCACGGUUCUUAGAUUGAUCUACUCGUAUGAUCUCUCACCUGCUCGCUACUCUACCAAGCUCGUACUCUGGGGGGUAUUUUCCCUAGUCAUAGGUAGUGUCAUCGGAUUUCUCCUAGUGCUAGCCGAAUGGAUCUUUCUCAGGUACCACCUUCAGCGUUUUUCACAGAAGAAAUGCGACAAGCUUCAAAUCGUCUUCCUCCCUUCAUCCUCGACUUGUGGCCUUGAUCAAAUUGGCGAGAAAGAUAUGCUCCGAUGGGUGAGAGCCUGCGCUCUGGGUCCUUCCGGAGCAGAAGGCGACGGUCACGCAUUGGAAGCUUUCAAACUACACAAUAAGCCCCCUGCGCGCAGUCAGCCCGCAGAGAAGAAUCGUAAAAAUAAGUCCAAAUUCAUUCCUAGCUCAUUUGGUACAUACGCCAAUAUCGACGCAGUCGCGGACGGCGAGGGCCUACACCAAAGUCAGAGGGAUCCGUGCUCCCGUUCUUCAGAUCACUCGCUUGACCAGAGAGCCGUAAUAAUCCAUGGCGUCUUCACCAUCUCAGAUCUGGAUCAACUCUGUACUUUGUCUGAUCGCCGAAAAAAGGUCAUCGAUGACUUGGAGCUUGCUGAAGCUAAAUACGUUGCGAGCUUUGUUUCCGAAGAUGAAGAAUUUGAAGAAGUACCAAAGAAAACUCAUUCACGGACCCAAAAGAAAUUUGGUUGGAAAUCAAGAAAGAAGUCAAAGCCAAAAGAAGAGGUUACUCCUUUUGCACCAGCGGCCUUUUACAAGCUCGAAACCGCGCCGCUCGAGAUGUUGAGCUUCGAUUGGAAAAGCCCAUCAAUAAGGACUUCUCAGGCGGAUUGGGGGUUCGAUUGGGACGUCGGAAAGGAUGAUGUGCCCAUGCAGGAAGUAAAAGUUGCAACAUCACAAACCCCGAAGUUCAACGAGGUUGAGCAAGAUUUGGAGCUUCCCAAUGCCGGCUAUCAGGCCAAGUGGGCAGUUGGAUGCCAAGUAGAAAUGAAAACUGACGGUACCCUCUUCCCCGUAUCGCCACUUGUGCCACAAUCUCAAGCGUCUCGAGCUUUAGCGUCUUUUCCAAGUAGAUCGGAUCUACUUCUUACAGCUGAGAAAGAGGGAUUGCCACUUCCCUCUUACAACGACCCUCAUGCAUCCCCUUCCUUCAAUAAGUCGAUCUCAUCAAAGUCUCACCGUGGAAGCACGUCGACUCUAGACUCGUCAAAUGAUAGCCACAUCAAUCCACCUAUCACAAAUUCGACUGUUAGUCUAGUCUCAUAUCGUGAAGAUGAGAAGCGGCCUGAGCGACGUUCACUUGUAAACAAGACUCCCUCUCAGCAUAAUUUCUGUGAUGGCGAGAUUCCUUUAACACUUUCCUUCAUUGAAAGGAGCAGUAAAACACAGAGAUCAGUAGCUUCACAUUCACAGCGAGGCUCCAAAUUCACUACGAAGCAAGUUCCUCAUCCUCAGAGCUGGGCAAGAACUGUCUCCCAACAUCAAGCUCUCAAGGGAAGGCACGUAGACCCCGAAACCACUGAAAUCCAAAGCAUUAGGAAUGGUUUAUAUGAAGAUCCCUUUUACUCAAAUCCAUCGAGAAGAGGACCAAUCCCAGUCCAGCUUCAAUUCAGAACACCAUCUAUAGCAACUUCUCAACUCCGCUCUACAGCUGCCACUCCCAUGACCGCUUCCAGAUCGACUUUUCACUCUGAGGCUCCCCUUUGUAAAAAACUAAAACUACGCCGUGCCGUCAAAUCGGAUGAGAUCAAGCAACUUUACCAUGCGAUCCGACAACAUCGCUCCCAUCUCAAACGCCUGAAUGAUGACUUCCUCAGUGCCAGGAGCCAAGCCAUCAAAACCUUAGAGGAAGGCGUCAACGGUGCCAUACGGGGAUGGAUCAUUGUCGGAAAAGGUGUAGAUAUGAUACAAGGGGCGCAAAACAUCAUAGGAAUGACUCGCGAUGAUAUCAAUUGGAAAAAUUUAGGUAAAAAGUCCGCUUCAGUGGGAUUAGGUGUCUUCUGGAGUUGCUUCUGUGUCCUGGUGACUCUGGUGAAUGAAUCUUAUCCAUUACAGAUACCUAAAUUGAUAGCUGUCAAAAAUCCUUCACCCUUUGAAACCCCUGCCACAGUCGGACCCAUAUCUCUUUUGACUACGAGUGCCUCUCUGGAGCUUCGACAAAAUUCCUUGAUAUUUCAAAAAAUUAAUACAGACAGUGCUCUAAUUCUCAGUCUUAUCUCAAUAACCACUCCCUCGAUCUUGUCAGGUGCACUUCUUCUAGCCAGUUUAUUGAUCAUAUCAUAUCUUGCGCAUAAUCAUUCUGGACUCCCUUCAAACUCUGCAGCACAAAUUCUUGAAGUGAAAGCAAGUAUGAUCAUGAUCAUCUGUUGUUUUAUCGCGUGGUUCACUUUUUCGGGCGCCACGGCCAGCUCUGCUCUACAAAACAAAGAAGGUGAUCAAAUUCACCAAAUUGCCAAUGGUAUCUCUACCAUCUCCUCCUUCUUUCUUGCAUUCGAAUCUCUGCUUGCAAUAAUCAUACCGGCGCUGGUACUGGCCCAGCCAAGCCGGUGGAAAUCGAUACGGAAUGUCCUCAAACAGACCCAAACACCACGAGAAAGAGUCUUGAGUCUUUGGCCACACGAUAUGAACUCAGGGAUAUCGCGAAGUGCCACUUGUCUGAUAGGAGUAGUGGUGAUGUCAUUUUUCCCGAUUGCUCCUCUAACAACUGUGCCAGCUUUGUUCUUUUUUUUAGUCAUGAUCCUAGUUCAGCAUAGAAACAUCCGAUUACUCUAUCGCCGUAGUAGUCAGAAUGGGGGAAGGACAGAGUUGACCAUGGUCUCAAUUCUUGCACUGACCUUGGGACUCCAAAGCGCAUUCGUCGGCUUCAUCCUAUUCUCGCGAAAACAGUGGCAUCUCGCCUCCUGUUCCUUUUUCAUCGCCUGUUCGAUCUUUUUAAUCUCAUGUCCAAUGAUGUUACAUGACUGGAAUCGCCAAUCACGAAAGAAAUUAGACCCGGAGUCCAGACUCGCGCUCGAGGUGUUUCAAAAGGGGCCACAGCACGCAAUCCAUUCAACGUCUGCGACAUCUGCGCUUGGGCAGCGAGGUACCGGAAACAAUAAUCCAGACUCUCGCCCACAUUCAACUCAAUCCGUGAUCGAUAUCGUCAAUACUACGUUGAAUUCGACUCAUGGCACAAAUCAUAGAGUGGUCCCAUUACCAAGUGAAAGCGUUGAUGACUUAGUUGAAACUCGUUUAGCUCUGAGGACAUACCCGGACGCUCCUCCCCACCUUCCAGAUCUUCCUUGGGACGAGGCAGGGACCUUCUCUCACGAAACAUUGUAUCCACCCGUUUUGAUGCAGAGAUCUCCAGCGAUCUGGCUGCCUAAGGACGGUGUGGCAGAGGAAGAGGCACAAGAUUUGACUAAAUAUUGGAGUAAUUUGAUUCUCUCUUUGACCACACAAUCUUCACAUCAUACACUGAGCUUCUCCGGGUGUUUUUUUUCAGAUUUGGAUGCAUUCUAUGAAGAAGGAAUCUCCACCAAACUUCUUAAUCUAUAUUGA